AUGGGAAGACUGCAACUGGCUAUCAUCGGUGGCAUUCUAGCAUUAGUUCUAGCGGGUGCUCUUAUUGCUGUUGCACUUGUAUCGGUACGCUCUGGUUCCGAAAUAGGUGUUAGAAAGUAUAACUUUGAAACUAAACAAACAGCUAAAAUUAUCGGUGAUCGAACCUACAUUGUGAACACCAUCCAUGGACAUAUUAAAGGGCCAGUCAUUCACGUGAAAAAAGGUGAGACCCUCUCUGUGAAUGUGAAAAACGGGCUAACAGAUGGUGGAUUGACCAUCCACUGGCACGGAUUUCACAUGAAAGGACAACAAAUAUAUGAUGGCGUUGAAGGUGUUACACAGUGUCCCAUAGCCCCAGGGGAAUCGUAUCUGUACCAUUUCGUGGUCAAUGAACAGCCCGGUACCUACUGGUACCACUCCCAUAAUAAGUGGAACCCAUCUGGCCAAAAAUUUAUCAGGGGACCUCUAGUCGUUCAUGAUAUCGACGCAACCAUCAAUCAUGACCAGGCUGGGCUCAAAGAUUCAUACCAAAUGGGGAAUGAAAUAAUUCUUUUCUACAGGGACCUCUAUCCAAACUAUUUAGGCUUCGACUUCCCAUUGUUGCAGAGUUCCAAAGUUAAAUUUUCUGAUAAGAGUUUCGAAGGAUCUAGUGGAAGCGGAGUGUUUGCAUGGGCAUCUGGGGUACUAAAUGGAGAAGAACAGCAUGAAAUGAAGAUACGAAAUGGUGAAUACAGGUUUCGAAUCAUAAAUGGUGGUGACAAUUUUGCCUACUUCUUUAGUAUUGAUGUACAAGCUACCGUGGUUGCCACUGAUGGACAUUCUGUAGAACCCUUUGAAACUGAUGUCAUACAGGUUCAUGUUGGAGAGAGAUAUGAUGUGUUAGUAACUUUUAACAUAACGAAUCCGGCUGAAAAUAUUUGGGUUAGAGCAAUGACAACGUCAAAGAACCAAGACAAAGGAAUUUUGGGUAUCUUAAGAGUGAGGAAAGACAAAUCCGUAGAUUACAACGACUUAGUUCCCCCAGGCAAGCAUCUAAAAGUCAACAUGAAAGAGUUGGAAAUCCUUAAUUGUAAAUAUUUCGAUGAACCCGAUUUUAGGUGUCAUCCUGUUACCGAUCUUGUUCCAGCUGUGCUACAGGAUUCACUUGAUUCAGCAGAAGAGUUUCAUACGGUUGAUUUCGAUUUCUUGGGAGGAUGGUUCGUCUCAAUAAAUAAGAAUGCAUUUACCCAGAAUAUACUCUCACAAAAACCGAGUAUUAUGGCGUCUGCUACAUAUGAACUGAGCCCGCACUCGCUAGUCCUAUCUUUACCUACGAAUAAAUCAGUCACCAUAGUUCUUAGAAAUAAAAAUUUCGGCAAUCACCCGAUGCAUCUUCAUGGACAUACCUUCGAGGUUUUAGAGAUCGCCACCAGAGGAACUGCAACGUGUGCUAACAAAGCGUGUCCACUUCUAGACCCAGCAACAGCAUUUUCAAAGCCAAUAGAGCAGCUGAUGAGGAGACCAACUCAGGGUGUUCUGAAAGACACUGUCAUCAUGCCCGCUGGAGGAGCUGUUGCCCUAAGAAUUAACACUGACAAUCCUGUCGUCUGGUUUUUUCACUGUGACGCGCAUGUACAUCUGCUGGAAGGAAUGGGUUUUGUCAUUAACUAA